AUGGAACACCAAACAAAUGAAAUCAAAAUCUUGGAAUUUUUUUGUGGCAUAGGAGGAAUGCAUUAUGCAUUCAAUUUAUCUGGAAAAUUUGGAAAAGUAGUUGCAGCCUUUGAUAUUAAUAUUGUUGCCAAUGCAGUUUAUAAACAUAAUUUUAACAAGGAACCAAUAGUGAAAGGAAUUGACUCAUUGAGUGUUGAAGAUAUUGAAAAGUAUAAUGCAAAUUGUUGGUUUAUGAGUCCACCAUGUCAACCAUAUACGAGAGGUGGUAAAUUUUUAGAUGACAAAGAUCCAAGAUCCAAAGCUUUACUUCACCUAAUAAAUAUAUUACCAAAAUUAUCAAAUUCACCAAAAUAUAUAUUUUUAGAAAAUAAAUCCAAAUGUAGAGAUAAACUUGUUUCAGAAUUGUACAAGAUGAAUUAUGAGAUUCAUGAAUGUUUAUUAACACCUUUACAAUUUGGAAUACCUAAUGAUAGAUUAAGAUAUUACCUGAUGGCAUGUAAAAGAAACAAUGAAAAAAAUCCAGCUUUAAAUCAUAUCAUUGAACCAAGGAAUUAUUUGGAAAACUCAAUAAUCAAUACUAAUUGGCCAUUUAAAUGUAUGAUUUUGGAUAAUAAUGAGGAUGAAGAGGAAAAAAGAUUUAAAGUACCUGAAAAAUAUAUUUUAAAAAGUUCUAAUUUUAGAUUUGAUAUUGUAAGGCCAACAGAUAAAAAAUCAUCUUGUUUUACCAAAUCUUAUGGAAGUCACAAUGUUUUUUCAAGUGGGUCAUUAAUUCAAACCAAAAAUCUAGAGGUAAAAAAAAGUCCAUAA